CCUAAACAUCCGUGAAUCAUUCCCUGAGGAUUCUGGUAUAUUCACAUGCCGCGUCACCAAUCCAGGAGGCAUGGCCGAGUGCUCAGCUGAGCUCUUUGUUGAAGAGGCCAAACUUGAACAACCACCAGAGUUUAUCAAGGCUCUUUCCCCAGAUAAGCAAGUCAUUGAAGGUGAAACAGCUAUCUUGGAAGCUCAAGUGGAUGCCUACCCACCCCCACGUUUCACAUGGAUGUUGAAUGGCAUGGAUAUAGUCCCCAAUGACAAGUUUGAGAUCCAAGUGUCUGGUUCACAGACAUUCCUCAUCAUACAGCGUGUCACAUCUACUGACAGUGGAGAGUAUGUACUGAAGGCUGAGAAUGAACUGGGAGAGACUACAUGUAGGACAACACUUAUUGUUGCCCCCUCCCAGAAGCUAGUUGAGCUACCCCCACCUCAUGAGGUAACCAGUACAACUGUUACAGAACACAUCAAGGUGGUUGAGCGUGACAUCAAACAUGUCAACAUACAUGAGUUCUUCAUACAGCCAUUACAGCCUGAAGU